CCAGUAUAGUGCCACCUAGCGUUUAAUAGAUUAGAACGACGUCGAUCUACAAGUUCACUUAGUAGACAACUGCAUAUAAUUUUUAAGUUUUUUUUUAUCUAGCAUCAUGUAAAUGCAAUUAGAAAAUGUUUCUGAUAUUAGCGAACAACUUAGGCUUACUAAAGACAUUUUAUCAAUUUUGAAACUGAUUCACGUGCGAAAAACGAGAAUACCUUGCUUCACGAUGUUGGAAAAAUCUUCCGGUGGAGAAAAUCAAUUAUCGAAAGAGGAUUAUUUAAUAAUGCGUGCUAAAGAAGCAUUAUCAAGUGAUAUUUAUGCAGCAAAGUCCUGGCUGAUCACCGCUAAAUCAUUAUUUCCACAUAGUGCGAAAGUUCAGUUUGAAGCAUACCGAAUAGAAAAGCUAUCUAAAAACGUCAAGGAAGCAGCAAAAUGUUUUAGUGAAAUAUUUCAGAAUUUUCCAGAUGAUCGAGAUAUUUGGAAAGAAAUUGAAAUAGUUACUACAUGUUUACGUUCUGAACAAUGUGAUCCAGAGACAGAAUUUUUAUGUCAAAUGUUUCAACAUAUCCCUCAAGAUUUACAGCAUCGUUUAUUAGUUAUGACAGCUGAUCAUAGUGAAGAUACUAUGGAGCAUUGUAAAUUGUUACUUCUUUUAAUACGUAAAUUUCCUCACACUACACCAACACAUGGACCACGUUUGGUGGAGACUUUACUUACUGCAGAAAAACAUAGUCAUCCGGGUCGUGCUGUAAAUGGUUUUAGACGAUUAUUAGCUUGUGAUGCAUUACCAUUACUUGGAGCUGCUCCUGUUGACCUAAACCCUCGUCUUGGAUUAAGAUUACUUUGUAAAGCUGUGGAAUUUUAUUUAGCAUAUAUACAGCAUCCGCAAGAUAUACAAAUUCAAUAUCCAUGGGAUAGACUUUUUCAUGUAGUCGAGUUAAUUGGAAAAAAGUUAGGAUGGGAAUUAAGCAAUUUAUUUUCCAUGCCUUGGAAUCGGGAAACAUAUAGCGAGAAACUACAGCAGUAUGCAGCUGUACAUGCAGCUAAUUUAUGUGAAGAAGUUGUUGUACGACAAUUAUUAAUGUGUGCAAUUGUAGUAUUACUGAGAAUACUGAAUGAACAUGCAAUGCUUAUCAAUAAUGGAGAAACUAUGAAUUGUUUAGUAGAAGCUUUUGGAGAGUUAAUGUCUUCUAUUACUGAGCCAAAAUUAAAAAAGCGAAAAAGGGAAGAUAACUCAGGAAUUGUUAUAACUAGUGAUGGAGAUUACAGUGGCAAUGGUCUUGGUUUUGCUGUUAAACUGUGGGAUCUAUUACACAGUAGUGAUUAUUUACAAAUAGAGAUAGAUAAACUUAAUCAACAAGCACGAUUGGAUGCAUGGUUAAACCCAUUUGCAACUGAUUUAGCUAUGUAUAAAGGCUUGCAUCAUGAAGUGUUAACUAGAUUAACUCAAGAAGGUUCCUCAUUGUCUACUCAUCUACGAUUUGCUAGUAGUUGCUUUUUUUUAAAAGAUUAUAAGGGUAUGUUAGAAUAUAUUGUUUUAGUGGCAAGCUCUUUACCUUCAGUAUGUGGAAAAGUAUCUCAUAAUUUAACCGUUCCAUCUACGAGACAUUUGCAUUAUCUAUCCCUCGCACGUUAUCCUGUUUUACAAUAUUGUUGCAGGUUACUUCUUUUAGCUUUAAAGGAGAAUUUUGCUAUACCUGGAACUGUAGGAGAUUUGGCUAUUGGACAUGCAUUAGUUUUAAUGCAAAUUGAUUGGCCCCAAGAAGCCAGCACAUUAUCUAUAAUUACUGAAAGAAUUAUUAAUCGUGGAUCUUUUGUAUAUCCAUUAUUUCAACCAUAUAUUAUAUGCGUAGAUAUUUUAGAGGAAUUAACGUACUUAUGGACAGAACAUGGUGGUGGUGUAUCUUUAGAUAUCGCUACUGGUUCAGGAGUAUUACAAAGUCGACGUAUUACAACACGUGGUGCUGACAAAGGAGUCCGUGAAGAAGUGAAACAAGCUAUGAGACGCCAAGCAGCUCGAGACGGUGUUGAUCCAUUAGACGAAUUAUUGCAAAAGUUUAUUGUCAAUGAAAAGAGCGCAAUUUUACAUAGUUUAAUUAUACAGUAAACUAUUAUUUCAUUUGGAUUCAUUUCUGAAAUAAGUAACGUAUACACAUCUACAGUUAUUUUUUUUUUUUUAUCAUAAGUAUCUGUAAAUAAGUGAAUGUUAGAUUUUUAUAAAUUAUUUUACGGGACUAUAUAAAGCAUGUACAGAUUUACAUAUUUUCAUAUAUAUAAUGUAUUAUUUAAUUUCUUGGCUUCCCACGUUUUCUGUCAAUUUAUAUAACAAAAUGAUUACAAAAUACAGCUCAAAUAAAAGUCCAUAUAUGUGUAUUAACGAGUAAAUCAUAUUUAUAUUUUAAAUAUUUCCACUUGUAUAUAAACA